AUGGCGCCCAGGGCCUCAGGCCGCAGGCGCCAUCUUGAGCUGGGCCGCGCGGGCAGCAAUGGGGAGAGGGAGGCCGCGGCCAUUUUCCCUCGCGCCUACCUGAAGGCGCGGCCCCGCCUCUUCCCCCGGCGCAGGCGCGGGGCGGCCUCUCGGCCGUCAGUUGGGCGGCGGAACCGUGAGGGGCGGACGCGCGGACUUUGGGGGCGCGCAGAAUUUGGGGACGCGCCGAGUUUUGGGGCUCGCUGUCGCUACCGGCGCCACGACCGGCACCGCCACCGGGGCCAGGGCCGCCACCGGCACCGCGGCCGCCAUGGAGGCCCGGGCCCGCCGCGCUGCCCGCGGCACGGGGAGCCGCUGCGGCUUUACUGCGUGCAGGACCGGCGCGCCGUGUGUGUGGUGUGCCACCUGUCCCGCGAGCACCGCGCCCACACCGUGCUGCCCGCCGAGGAGGCGGCCCACGCCGCGGAGGAGGUGCCCCAGGAGCACCUGAGCUCCCUGAGGAAAGGGCGUGAGGAGGCCAAGGCUGAGCGGGAGCGGCAGAGCGAGGAGCUGCUGAAGCAGACGGAGGUGGAGCGGCAGAAGAUCGUGGCCGAGUGCAAGGAGCUGCGGGCGUUCCUGGAGGAGAAGGAGCAGCUCCUGCUCUCCCGGCUGGAGGAGCUGGAGAGGGACAUUGGGCGCCGGAGGGACGAGAGCGUGGCCAGGCUGGCUGAGGACAUUGCCCAGCUGGACAAGCUCCUGGCAGAGCAGGGCGGCGGGGACAGCGGGACAGGGAGCACACCUGGCGAGGGUGUCGUCCCAGUUGGCAGCAGCCUGGAGAGCUGGAUGUUCCUCAAGCCUGAGCCUGGCUUUUCUGAGCUGGAGAAGAAGCUGAAGAGUUUUUCCCAGAAGAGCGCAGUGCUCAAGGAAGUGCUGCUGGAAUUCAAGGAAAACCUGCGCUUUGAGCUGGAGAAUGACACAGGUGAGCUCUCCCUGGACCCUGACACGGCCAACCCUUACCUGGUGCUGUCGGAGGACAAGCGCAGCGUGCGGCUCCGCGGGGCUCCCCAGGAGCUGCCGGCUCACCCCAAACGUUUCGACUACGCCUUCUGCGUCCUGGCCUCCGAGGGCUUCUCUGCUGGCCGCCACUACUGGGAGGUGGAGGUGGGAGACGGGGAGAGCUGGGUGCUGGGCGCCGCCCGCGAGUCCGUGCGCCGCAAGGAGAAAGUCGACUUCGCCCCCGAGGAGGGGAUUUGGGCGGUGGGGCUCAACUGGAAGGGUAAAAAUUGGGAUCAGUACCAGGCGUUCACCUCUCCCGAGACGCCGCUGUCCCUUUGCGAGCGGCCGCGCAAGAUCGGGGUGUACCUGGACUACGAGGGCGGGUGGGUGGCGUUCUACAACGCUGACAACAUGGCUCCCAUCUUCACCUUCACCGCCGCCUUCUCCGAGAGGAUCUUCCCGUUUUUCUGGCUCUUUUACGUGGGCUCCUCGCUGUCCCUCUGCAACUGAGCCCGCCCCGCUCACUGAUGGUGUCCCCUCUCCCCUGCCAUCCUUAGGUUUUCCUUUGCUUCCAAGCAAAACACCCCAAAUCUUGCCCUUGGCUGUUCAGGGGGGCAUUUUUUUCCUGUUGCAGUUCAAAGUUUGGAGUCUUUUUACCCUCAAAAUAUUCCUCAGGGGGGUUGGUUGGUGAGGGGAUGCUACUUAAGCACCCCUUCCCUAUUGCUGGUUAAACACCCCUGUAGUUCAUUUCGUGUUUUUCUUUGGAGUUGGAGCCCCGUGAAACAGGGAGAGGCUGAUCCCAUCCUACUUCGAAUAGUAGCCAAAGCUUUGUGUCCCCCCUAAAAUACUGUGUGGAGAGGAGGGGUGUCGCCCCCCCAGUUUGGACACCGUUGCUUUGCAAGUCAUCUUUACCCACCCCAUCCUGUCUCAUCCCAUCCCAUUCCCCCUGGGGAAAGGGCCAAGCCCGUCCUGCUGUUGCUGAGUGAUCCCCCUCUCUCAUCUAUUGCCCCCCCAUUGUCCCCCCUCCUUUUGUCCCCAUCUCCCCCAUUUAGCCCCCCCCUCUUUGCCCCCCCCAUGUCCCUCUUUACCUC